UAAAAACACUGAAAAAUACAGCACAAGAGAAUGUUUCGGAAAAUUUUAUUGAAUUAUAGAAGUAUUAACAAUUUUCAUAAAACAAUCAAGUUUGAUAUUAAAUAUUUAACACAAAAGAGAGACUUUCACGUAUCAUUAAGUAAAUUGUCUGGAGAAUAUGAAAUGCAAGAUCCAAAGAGUGAGGAGGAAGUUGUGAAUGUGACUUUCAUUGAUAAAGCAGGAAGAUCAAUAGACGUUCGAGGUAAAGUAGGUGAUAAUGUACUGUAUUUAGCUCAUCGAUUUGAUAUCGAGAUGGAAGGAGCAUGUGAGGCUUCUCUAGCAUGUACAACAUGUCAUUGCUAUGUGCUGGAUGAUUAUUAUGAUAAACUUCCGUUUGCUGAAGAGAAGGAAGAUGAUCUCUUAGACAUGGCACCGUUCUUAAAGGAAAAUUCUCGCUUAGGUUGUCAAAUUAUUCUAACAAAGGAACUGGAAGGACUGAAAGUUGAAUUGCCGAAGGCUACGAGGAACUUUUAUGUUGAUGGUCAUAAACCAAAGCCUCACUAAUGUUCAAAUUAUUGCUAUACGACUCCUUUACCACCUACAUACACAUAUUAUAAAUGAAUCUUAGCUUUCAUCUCAUCCUUUAGAAAAAUAUAAACAAAUUGCUGGGGAUUCUCGAUUUACAUAGCUCAAAACAUUUGUAGGAACUGGAAUUUUGUGUUCAAUGUGUUUAGAAUUUAAUCUGCAAAUUCCAAUUCUUAUAGAUUCAAGCAGUUAUGCAGAUCGAAGACCCCCUGUAAAUCACUAUAGUUAGUCAAAUUAUUAAAAUUGGAUUUUAAAGUUAUUCAGUAUUUGAAUAAGAAAAAGUCUUGAGCACGUUCAAGGGUAUAUUUUUGGAAGGAGUCAGAAGACGCUAAUUCAAUAAGAAAACACAUUUAAACGAUAUUCCUCAAUUGACUCAGAAGUUGCAUUGACUCUAUGUUAGAAUCAUGUAAUUUAACGAAGAAUAGCUAAGUAUGAAGUUUCAAAGCUUUAAAAUCAACAGAGCAAAAAACUCCUUAGGUACAAAAUUAUAAGAAAACAAAUGUCACCAGGAAAUUAAAAGGAUAGUUGUAAGCAAGCUCAUGGAAAGGCUGAACUCACCAGAACUUGGGAACACGCUUACAGGAUUAGACAUAUCCUAGAAAAAUAUUUAAAAAAGCUGAAAAUAGUAAAAAAUAAAAUUUCAUUACUCAACAAGUAGCUCUGACUGCUUCCAAUAACUGCUGCUCAGAAACUGAAAUACAAAAAGGAAUUAAUAGAAUAUCAAAUUGGCCUCUGAAAGACUAUAAAAAACUAUUAGAAAUAAUAAAUUGUAGAUAAAGACAAUAAAAUACAAGCAAAAAUGUUU